UUUCGCGCCAAAGGUUACAAAGUUAUGUUUAUCUGCGUUUCUGUAUUUUAAAGAUUUUAAUGUCAGAAUUAGAGCUCAAAGAUCAACCACUUUUUAAAAAGAGGAAGAUUAAUGUUAAAAACAAAGGAAGGAGGCGAAAGAAUAGUGAUUCUGAAAACUCUAGUGAAGAUGAAACCCAGGUUGUCCGUAAACAAAAGCAAGUCCAUAGCAACAACCCACUUGUUCAGUCUACUAUACGCUCGAAAAGGAAAAUUAUACUAGAUGAUGGUUCAAGCAAGAGUAGCUCUGAAGACGAACUUACAGUGAAGUAUAAGUCAAGAAAAACGACUUCAUCGGAAGCACCUGCAGAUCAGGGAGCUACAGCAACUGUUGAAAUUGACACUCCUAUUGAUAGAGAUGCUCAAGCUGUCUACGAGAAAUCCUUAAUAAUUAAUAAGGAAUUAAAAGGGAAAGCAGAUGAUAAAGUAUAUAGAGGUUUAGCUAAUUAUACUCAGUUCUAUGAAAAGAAAGAUACUGCUCAAGGCAACGCUGCUAGUGGAAUGGUGCGGAAAGGACCUAUUCGUGCACCUGCCAAUUUAAGAGCCACCGUGAGAUGGGAUUAUCAACCAGACAUUUGCAAAGAUUUUAAAGAAACUGGAUUUUGUGGUUUUGGAGAUAGCUGUAAAUUUCUUCACGACAGAAGUGAUUACAAACACGGUUGGCAAUUAGAACAAGAAUCUUCUCACCCGAAGAAUGAUGAUUCUGACUCUGAUAAUUAUGAAAUCAAUUCUGACGAGGAUAAUCUUCCUUUUAAAUGUUUUAUUUGUCGAGGAUCUUUUACCAGACCUAUUGUUACAAAGUGCAAGCACUAUUUCUGUGAGAAAUGUGCAUUAGAAAAUUUUAAAAAAUCGACGAGAUGUUACAUUUGCAAUGCACAAACACAGGGUAUAUUUCAUCCUGCAAAAGAAAUAAUAGAAAAAUUGAAAUCAGAAAAUCAGGAGAAUGCGAGCAGCGAUGAAGAUUCUGACUGAUGUAUGACAAUUAACAUUGAUAUGUAUUUUAUUUCAUGACUAUGUAUUGUUUUGUUUUUUAUCUAUCAUAAAUCAGAAUCAGGGCUGGAAGUAAACUUGAAUAAUUAUAAACUAUUCAGAACUACAAAACAAAAUUUUCUCAUAAAGUUGUUAUUAUUUACAAUUAACUUCAGCAACUAUUUACUUGUGCAAUUGGAAACGAGUAUAAUUCGAGUCAGUAAAAAUCUUGAAAAAGGUUAGUUGAAAACCUAAAUUAGAACUACUUUAUCUGGAGUGCAAUUCUGAGUUCACACUUGGGCCACCAUAUUCUUGUGGGUUAGGUAUAGCAACUAUUAUCUAUUCUAUAAUGACUUUUAAAUAGUGUACUAAAAUAUAAAUAUUUAAUUUUCAUUUUAUCGUACAACACUUUAUAAUACAAAUAAUUCAUUUAAUUGUUUCUAUUUUAUUUUGUAAAAUAAAAAUAUGGUAAAAAAAGAUGAAACGAAAUGCUAUUUUUCUUUCAACAUUAAAUUUGGAUAAGAAAAAGUUUUUUUUCAAUGGAGCAGAGUUGCUAAAAAGCUGUUUCAGAUCAUCCUAUUGUGAAAAGGAGUAUUCAUUACAAUCCAUGUUUGUUUCCAUUCAGUCAUUUGUAGAAGCAAUUGUUAAAUUCUGAUUGAUAUAUUGAAGAAGCAACUGCAAAUGCUCAUCUGUUUUACAGUUUUGCUGCAGCACAACUCAAAUUGGUUAUUAAAAAAAAAAAAAAAAUCAUAAGGCACUUAUUUUUUAAAGUUUCUAGUCUCUUUCUCAUAAUGAUAUAUAAGUCUGUAUUUGUUUUAUAAAUAUAUUGGUGAAGCCUACAAAUAUUUUAGAUCUUUACUCACAAGAGCAGUUUAGUUGAUUUUGUGAUUGAGAAAUUUUAUUACAGUUAAUUUCAAUUGUUGAAAAGUCUUAGAUCAUGUUACCAAAUAAAUGAAACAUAAUUUUACAAAUAUCUUAGCUACUGCAAACAAACAAUUCUUUUGUGUAAAUAAUUGAAGAUUAUUUUAUAGUUUUAAGAGAUUUCUUUGUAGUUAAUCUUCUUCUAUAUAAUAUUUCAAAAAUGUAUGCAUAAAAUAUUUCAGCUGAAGCUAAGCAAUUAUCCACAAGUCUGUUCCUGAUCUGUUAGCUUUCAUACUGAAAUUAAGUGAAUAUUACUUUCUGUUUUGUGUAAAUUCUUUAUUUGGUUUUAAAAAAGUUUGUGCUUGUAUUUUUAUUUUUCUAAUUUGUAGUAGUUCUUCAAUGUUUCUGUGUUUUUUUAAUGUCAUCAGAUAUAUAAGAUACAUAUUACACACAAGUUAGGGAAUAACCUUUAUAUAAAAUUAUGUUGUAUAUUAUUCAAUUGCAAUUAUGUAUUUAUUAUAAUUAGCCUUUCAAAUUACUUAUCUAUUAUUAUACACUUAACAUUUUGAAAUAUAUUAUUUGUUUUGUUUUCUGUAAAAGAAUUUUUAUAUAUAAAUAAAUUAUUAUUUUUUUCAGUAAAAACA